AUGCAGUUAUUAACCGGUUUUUGGAUAACUCUCGCAUUUGUUAUUUAUAUUUUCGCAGGACACAUAUAUAAUCCGAAAAGAAUACUUUGCGUUAAGGAUCCAGAUUCUAAUCUGAACUUUGCCUUUUUCUUAUAUUUAUUCAAACCAUUGGCUUCGCAUGAUACAUGUUUUGCUGACUUUAAUAAUACUAGGCCAACCAAUCGAUUUCGAAAAAUGGGCAAUAUAUCAUUAAAUAAUAAACCUAAUAAAAAAUGCUGUGCACACUACAUUGAUAAUUAUAAGUUCAUGAAGGCCAAGAUUACUUCAGAAACCACAUUUAAAAGUAUUUAUCAAACAAACUUCUUAAAUACACUUCUAAGCUGGCGGAAUACAGUUUUCAACCAUUUUCCAGCAUGGAACUAUCACUUAUUAUGGGUGCAAAAUCCCCAAUUUAAAUGUAAACAUUUUCAAAAAAUGAGCAGUUGGAUUAUUGCUAACAAAUUAUGGAAUUCAAUGGACCUCAAACUGGCUAAACAAACGCUUCACCUUAACUCAAGAAUACUACGAUUCUUUUUAUUGAUUCAAAAACGAAGGAUUUUAAUAUUAAAUAUGCCUCUAGAGGAAGUGCAAGCAAACAAAAUGAGAAAAGCUGAUUUUUUUGAAUAUUUGUCGGCAACCGAAACACCCGAACUAUCCGAUAAUUUAGACUAUUUAAAAAAUAACAGAAAAAAUUUCGCUUCACGAGAACUAUUGAAAAUACAUAAUGAAACCAAUUUGAAAGAUAAAUAUAUACAUGUAUGGAAAAACUUAACAAUGUCCAUAAGCAAAGAACGCAAAUUAAAUCAUAUAGUUAAAAGAAAAAACAUCAGCAAUACCCAAUUGAAAAAUACCAGAUCGAUUGAACCCAUUAAGGACACUUUUCCCUCAACAUUCACAAGAAUGCAGAAUUUAGUGAGAUAUGCCAGAAACCAAAGAUUGUUACAAAUGGAAACGACUCCAAUAAUCAAUGCAAUAAAUUUUUCAAUUUCGGACUCAACUUCAACUUGUGAAUUGUGCUCUGAAGCAUUAGAUGAAACAACAAAUCUUUUCGAUUCUGCAGAAACCUGCGAGGAAUGUGCUUCUCUAAGCUCAAACGUAUUAAAUGAAUCUACUCAUACUGAAGUCAGUAAUAAAUUUGUACGUACAAAUUCCUCAUCGGAGGAAGGAUGUGAGGAGUGCUCUGACUUUGUAUCACCAUCAAGUGCUAGUAUAAAAUACCCGAAAAGUGAAUACAUCGCAACAACAAUUGAGUCGCCAGUUUCAGAUGAAAAGAUAAUCAUAUUUGACUACUUUACAGAAAUAAUAACAAUGAUUAUAUAUGAAUAUGAAACAACAACUUUCAGGAGCGCUCCUAAACCGAACUCAGAUCUAACUGGAUAUACAUCACCUGAAUGUAUAGAAUGUUCAACUGGUGCACAUAUUGAAACCACUAUUGAGCGAACGAAACAAUCUAAAACUCCACUUCGGUUGAAUCAAAUGUCAGGGCCUCAAAAAUCAUCGAAUCGAUUGGAAUCUCUACUAAAGUUGAGUGCAAUAACAGACAGUGCAAUAACAGAACUUUCGGAAGUUCUACCAGAGUCGCGUUCUAUAUUCGGUAGUUCAAUGCCAUUUUCGACGAUGAAAGAGCAGCCGAAUACGAAAAAAGAUCUAUUGACACGAACAGAAACAACGAAACUAUCAAAACCUAUACACCACAUAAAUUCAAUAACACCUCAAAAGGAAGUAGUACAACAACCAAAGGCUUCAUCCCAGGUUGGUAUACUGCCCGGUGCUCUACUCACAAUGUCGACCACAGAAAGAGAUCAUCCAACAGAAAAAAUUAAACAGUCUGAAACCUUACCUCUGCUAAGUACAAAAUCAAUCAGUCCUGAUGUAUGCGAUUGUACUUGCAAAUUGGAAGCAGGCAAAGAUUCGUGUAUAUGCAAAUGUAACCUUAUAGAUAGCACUGCAGACGACACGAAAAGUGUAACGGCAAGUGCAUCUACCCAGUCAUUACUGACAGAAACAAAUCGAGAGCUCCACAGCAUGAAAUAUUAUGCCCCAAAUGGUACUUCCUUACUCACAGCGGCGAAUCCAGAACCCUUCAGUAUUGAAGACAUCACAACUAAAGGAGCUGGUGUUACUGGUAAUAAAAUCACAAUGCCAUCGGAGCUCUCAUCCUUGGAAAUAAUAGAGCCCAUGACAAACAGUAAACCAUCAACACAUAAUGUUUGCGAUUGCACUUGCCUAUUAGAACAAGGAAAUGACUCGUGUACAUGCAACUGUAUAACAGAUCUCAUUUCUACAUCAUUACCAAUUUCGAGUACAGGGCAUUAUCAAAUAUCCCAAAACGAAAUGGGAAAUCAAUCGGAAUCUGUACCUCCAUUAAGCACCUUUAGUGGUAUAAUCAAAAUUUCAACCACAGAGAAAGAUCACACAAAGCAAGGCGAAGUAGGAAAGGUAUCAAAAUCUCCACUCCAAUUGAGUACAACAUUUAGUGAACUACUAAAAAUACCGACUACAGGAAUAGGUCAGUUGACGCUAGAGGAAAAGGAGCAACAGUCAAUGUCUUUACCUUUUUUAAGUACAAUAUCUAGUUUUCAAUUUGAACAAUCAAGUUUUCACGGCUGUGAUUGUACUUGCCAAUUGGAAAUAGGAAAAGACUCGUGUAUCUGCGAAUGCAAACAAAAACGGAGCACUUCAGAAGUCACGGCAAGUGGAUCCAACCCGUCAUCACCCACAGCAACGAAUGAAGAAAUCCACAGUGUGAAAGAUAAUAUCCCAAAACAGGAAGGAAAUGGUACUUCUUUACUCACAGAGGCGAAUCCAGAACCCUUCAGUAUUGAAGACAUCACAACUAAAGGAGCUGGUGUUACUGGUAAUAAAAUCACAAUGCCAUCGGAGCUCUCAUCCUUGGAAAUAAUAGAGCCCAUGACAAACAGUAAACCAUCAACACAUAAUGUUUGCGAUUGCACUUGCCUAUUAGAACAAGGAAAUGACUCGUGUACAUGCAACUGUAUAACAGAUCUCAUUUCUAUUGAUGUAUCUAUGUUAACAGAAAGCCAAAUAAAGUCAAGCGAAGAUCUUCAGUACUCUUCAAAGCUUUUUUCAUAUAAAAGUACACUAGAAAAUACAAAUACCAAAGAGAAAACUACAAAUCUAUCGGCAUCAUUACCAAUUUCGAGUACAGGGCAUUAUCAAAUAUCCCAAAACGAAAUGGUAAAUCAAUCGGAAUCUGUACCUCCAUUAAGCACAGUAUUUAGUGCUCUAAUCAACAUUUCAACCACAGACAAAAGUCACUCACCGCUGGACGACGUACAAAACUUAUCAAAAUCUCCACUCCAAUUGAGUACAACAUCUAGUGGACUACUAAAAAUACCGACCACAGGAAUAAACCACUUAACGCUAGAGGAAAAUGAGCAACAGUCAAAGUCUUUACCUUUCCUAAGUACAGUAUCAAGUUUUCAAUUUGAACAAUCAAGUUUUCACGGCUGUGAUUGUACUUGCCAAUUGGAAAUAGAAAAAGACUCGUGUAUCUGCGAAUGCAACCUAAAAGGGAGCACUUCAGAAGUCACGGCAAGUGGAUCCAACCCGUCAUCACCCACAGCAACGAAUGAAGAAAUCCACAGUGUGAAAGAUAAUAUCCCAAAACAGGAAGGAAAUGGUACUUCUUUACUCACAGAGGCGAAUCCAGAACCCUUCAGUAUUGAAGACAUCACAACUAAAGGAGCUGGUGUUACUGGUAAUAAAACCACAAUGCCAUCGGAGCUCUCAUCCUUGGAAAUAAAAGGGCCCAUGACAAACAGGCAUUAUCAAACAUCCCAAAACGAAAUGGAAAAUCAAUCGGAAUCUGUUCCUCCAUUAAGCACAGUAUUAAGUGGUCUAAUCAACAUUUCAACCACAGAGAAAGAUCACACAAAGCAAGACGAAGUAGGAAAGGUAUCAAAAUCUCCACUCCAAUUGAGUACAACAUCUAGUGGACUACUAAAAAUACCGACCACAGGAAUAGGUCAGUUGACGCUAGAGGAAAAGGAGCAACAGUCAAUGUCUUUACCUUUUUUAAGUACAAUAUCUAGUUUUCAGUUUAAACAAUCACGUUUUCAUGGCUGUGAUUGUACUUGCCAAUUUGAAAUAGGAAAAGACUCGUGUAUCUGCGAAUGCAACCCUAAGGGAAGCACUUCAGAAGCCUCGGACGGUGAAACAGCAAGUGCAUCACCGAUUUCUGUCUAUCAAUCAUUUACAGUAGCAAACAGUUUACUUAAAAUUCCGAGUGCCAAAGUUCAAACAAUGCAAGAGGAAACAACGGAAAUUUCAAAAUCUUUACCUCAAUCCACAACAGAAGAAAGCAUUUCAUUCCAAGUAUCCAGUGUAAAGGAAAAUCAAGUUACUGAAUUAAAAUGGGCAUUAUCAGCAUCACUUCCUAAAUUAAGUACUACAACUAAAAGUAUAUUUUCCAGUCAAAGUGUAUAUUUAGAUAAAACAUCUCAAGAAGAUACAAGGACACCAUCGAUUGCGUUCCCUCAAUCAUAUGCAACAGAAAAUAGUUUACUUACAGUGUCGAGUGCAGAGGAUCAAACAAUUCAAAAGGAAACUACGGAAAUUUCAAAAUCUUUACCUCAAUCCACAACAGAAGAAAGCAUUUCAUUCCAAGAAUCCAGUGCAGAAGAAAAUCAAAUGUCUGAAUUGCCAUGGACAUUAUCAACAUCACUUCAUCAAUUAAGUACUAAAACUAAAAGUAUAUUUUCCAGUCAAAGUGUAGAUGAAGAUAAAACAUCUCAAGAAAAUACAGGGACACUAUCGAUUACACUCCCACAACAAUCUACAACAGAAGAAAUCAGUUCACCUCAAGAAUCCAGUGCAGAAGAAAAUCAAAUGACAGAAAUGCCAUGGACACUAUCAACAUCGCAUCCUCAAUUGAAGACUAAAAGUAUAUUUUCCAGUCAAAGUUUAGAAGAAGAUAAAACAUCUCAAGAAGAUACAAGGACGGUAUCGAUUUUUCUCCCACAACUAUCUACAACAGAAGAAAGCAGUUUACUUCAUGAAUCCAGUGCAGAAGGAAAUAAAAUGACAGAAGUGCCAUGGACACUAUCAACAUCUCUUACUAAGUUAAGUACUAAAACUGAAAGUAUAUUUUCCAGUCAAAGUGUAGAUGAAAAUGAAACAUCUCAAAAAGAUACAAGGACAAUAUCGAUUUCUUUACCUCAACUAGGUUCAACACCAAAUAGUUUACUUACAGUUUCGAGUGCAGAGGAUCAAACAGUGCAAAAGGAAACCACGGAAAUUUCAAAGUCUUUACCUCAAUCUACAACAAAAGAAAGCAGUUCACUUCAAGAAUUCAGUGCAGAAGAAAAUCAAAUGACAGAAGUGCCAUGGACAUUAUCAACAUCACUUCCUCAAUCAAGUACUAAAACUAAAAGUAUAUUUUCUAGUCAAAGUGUAGAUGAAGAUAAAACAUCUCAAGAAGGUACAAGGACACUAUCGAUUUUUCUCCCACAACAAUCUUCAACAGAAAAAAGUAGUUCACUUCAGGAAUCCAGUGCAGAAGAAAAUCAACUGACAGAAAUGCCGUGGACACUAUCAACAUCGCUUCAUCAAUUAAAGACUAAAAGUAUAUUUUCCACUCAAAGUGUAGAAGAAGAUAAAUCAUCUCAAGAAGAUACAAGGACACUAUCGAUUACACUCCCACAACAAUCUACAACAGAAGAAAGCAGUUCACUUCAAGAAUACAGUGCAGAAGAAAAUCAAAUGACAGAAGUGCAAUGGACACCAUCAACAUCUCUUCCUCAAUUAAGUACUACAACUAAAAGUAUACUUUCCAGACAAAGUGUAGAUGAAGAUAAAACAUAUCAAGAAGAUACAAGGACGGUAUCGAUUUCUGUCCCACAACAAUAUACAACCGAAGAAAGCAGUUCACUUCAAGAAUCCAGUGCAAAAGAAAAUCAAAUGACAGAAAUGCCAUGGACACUAUCAACAUCGCUUCCUCAAUUAAAGACUAAAAGUAUAUUUUCCAGACAAAGUGUAGAUGAAGAUAAAACAUCUCAGGAAGAUACAAGGACGGUAUCGAUUUCUCUCCCACAACAAUCUACAACAGAAGAAAGCAGUUCACUUCAAGAAUCCAGUGCAGAAGAAAAUCAAAUGACAGAAAUGCCGUGGACACUAUCAACAUCGCUUCCUCAAUCAAGUACUAAAACUAAAAGUAUAUUUUCCAGUCAAAGUGUAGAUGAAGAUAAAACAUCUCAAGAAGAUACAAGGACACUAUCGAUUUUUCUCCCACAACAAUCUUCAACAGAAAAAAGCAGUUCACUUCAAGAAUCCAGUGCAGAAGAAAAUCAAAUGACAGAAGUGACAUGGACAUUAUCAACAUCACUUUCUCAAUUAAAAACUAAAAGUAUAUUUUCCAGUCAAAGUGUAGAAGAAGAUAAAACAUCUCAAGAAAAUACAAGGACACUAUCAAUCUCGUUCCCUCAAUCAUAUGCAACGGAAAAUAGUUUACUUACAGUUUCGAGUGUAGAGGAUCAAACAAUGCAAAAAGAAACAACGGAAAUUUCAAAAUCUUUACCUCAAUCCACAACAGAAGAAAGCAUUUCAUUCCAAGUAUCCAGUGUAAAGGAAAAUCAAGUUACUGAAUUAAAAUGGGCAUUAUCAGCAUCACUUCCUAAAUUAAGUACUACAACUAAAAGUAUAUUUUCCAGUCAAAGUGUAUAUUUAGAUAAAACAUCUCAAGAAGAUACAAGGACACCAUCGAUUGCGUUCCCUCAAUCAUAUGCAACAGAAAAUAGUUUACUUACAGUGUCGAGUGCAGAGGAUCAAACAAUUCAAAAGGAAACCACGGAAAUUUCAAAAUCUUUACCUCAAUCCACAACAGAAGAAAUCACUUCAUUCCAAGAAUCCAGUGCAAAAGAAAAUCAAAUGUCUGAAUUGCCAUGGACAUUAUCAACAUUACUUCAUCAAUUAAGUACUAAAACUAAAAGUAUAUUUUCCAGUCAAAGUGUAGAUGAAGAUAAAACAUCUCAAGAAGAUACAAGGACGGUAUCGAUUUCUGUCCCACAACAAUAUACAACCGAAGAAAGCAGUUCACUUCAAGAAUCCAGUGCAGAAGAAAAUCAAAUGACAGAAAUGCCAUGGACACUAUCAACAUCGCUUCCUCAAUUAAAGACUAAAAGUAUAUUUUCCAGACAAAGUGUAGAUGAAGAUAAAACAUCUCAAGAAGAUACAAGGACGGUAUCGAUUUCUGUCCCACAACAAUAUACAACCGAAGAAAGCAGUUCACUUCAAGAAUCCAGUGCAGAAGAAAAUCAAAUGACAGAAGUGCAAUGGACACCAUCAACAUCUCUUCCUCAAUUAAGUACUACAACUAAAAGUAUACUUUCCAGACAAAGUGUAGAUGAAGAUAAAACAUAUCAAGAAGAUACAAGGACGGUAUCGAUUUCUGUCCCACAACAAUAUACAACCGAAGAAAGCAGUUCACUUCAAGAAUCCAGUGCAAACGAAAAUCAAAUGACAGAAAUGCCAUGGACACUAUCAACAUCGCUUCCUCAAUUAAAGACUAAAAGUAUAUUUUCCAGACAAAGUGUAGAUGAAGAUAAAACAUCUCAAGAAGAUACAAGGACGGUAUCGAUUUCUCUCCCACAACAAUCUACAACAGAAGAAAGCAGUUCACUUCAGGAAUCCAGUGCAGAAGAAAAUCAAAUGACAGAAAUGCCGUGGACACUAUCAACAUCGCUUCCUCAAUCAAGUACUAAAACUAAAGGUAUAUUUUCCAGUCAAAGUGUAGAUGAAGAUAAAACAUCUCAAGAAGAUACAAGGACACUAUCGAUUUUUCUCCCACAACAAUCUUCAACAGAAAAAAGCAGUUCACUUCAGGAAUCCAGUGCAGAAGAAAAUCAAAUGACAGAAGUGACAUGGACAUUAUCAACAUCACUUCCUCAAUUAAAAACUAAAAGUAUAUUUUCCAGUCAAAGUGUAGAAGAAGAUAAAACAUCUCAAGAAAAAACAAGGACACUAUCAAUCUCGUUCCCUCAAUCAUAUGCAACAGAAAAUAGUUUACUUACAGUUUCGAGUGUAGAGGAUCAAACAAUUCAAAAAGAAACAACGGAAAUUUCAAAAUCUUUACCUCAAUCCACAACAGAAGAAAUCACUUCAUUCCAAGAAUCCAGUGCAAAAGAAAAUCAAAUGUCUGAAUUGCCAUGGACAUUAUCAACAUUACUUCAUCAAUUAAGUACUAAAACUAAAAGUAUAUUUUCCAGUCAAAGUGUAGAUGAAGAUAAAACAUCUCAAGAAGAUACAAGGACGGUAUCGAUUUCUGUCCCACAACAAUAUACAACCGAAGAAAGCAGUUCACUUCAAGAAUCCAGUGCAGAAGAAAAUCAAAUGACAGAAAUGCCAUGGACACUAUCAACAUCGCUUCCUCAAUUAAAGACUAAAAGUAUAUUUUCCAGACAAAGUGUAGAUGAAGAUAAAACAUCUCAAGAAGAUACAAGGACGGUAUCGAUUUCUGUCCCACAACAAUAUACAACCGAAGAAAGCAGUUCACUUCAAGAAUCCAGUGCAGAAGAAAAUCAAAUGACAGAAAUGCCAUGGACACUAUCAACAUCGCUUCCUCAAUUAAAGACUAAAAGUAUAUUUUCCAGACAAAGUGUAGGUGAAGAUAAAACAUCUCAAGAAGAUACAAGGACGGUAUCGAUUUCUCUCCCACAACAAUCUACAACAGAAGAAAGCAGUUCACUUCAGGAAUCCAGUGCAGAAGAAAAUCAAAUGACAGAAGUGACAUGGACAUUAUCAACAUCACUUUCUCAAUUAAAAACUAAAAGUAUAUUUUCCAGUCAAAGUGUAGAAGAAGAUAAAACAUCUCAAGAAAAUACAAGGACACUAUCAAUCUCGUUCCCUCAAUCAUAUGCAACGGAAAAUAGUUUACUUACAGUUUCGAGUGUAGAGGAUCAAACAAUGCAAAAAGAAACAACGGAAAUUUCAAAAUCUUUACCUCAAUCCACAACAGAAGAAAGCAUUUCAUUCCAAGUAUCCAGUGUAAAGGAAAAUCAAGUUACUGAAUUAAAAUGGGCAUUAUCAGCAUCACUUCCUAAAUUAAGUACUACAACUAAAAGUAUAUUUUCCAGUCAAAGUGUAUAUUUAGAUAAAACAUCUCAAGAAGAUACAAGGACACCAUCGAUUGCGUUCCCUCAAUCAUAUGCAACAGAAAAUAGUUUACUUACAGUGUCGAGUGCAGAGGAUCAAACAAUUCAAAAGGAAACCACGGAAAUUUCAAAAUCUUUACCUCAAUCCACAACAGAAGAAAUCACUUCAUUCCAAGAAUCCAGUGCAAAAGAAAAUCAAAUGUCUGAAUUGCCAUGGACAUUAUCAACAUUACUUCAUCAAUUAAGUACUAAAACUAAAAGUAUAUUUUCCAGUCAAAGUGUAGGUGAAGAUAAAACAUCUCAAGAAGAUACAAGGACGGUAUCGAUUUCUGUCCCACAACAAUAUACAACCGAAGAAAGCAGUUCACUUCAAGAAUCCAGUGCAGAAGAAAAUCAAAUGACAGAAAUGCCAUGGACACUAUCAACAUCGCUUCCUCAAUUAAAGACUAAAAGUAUAUUUUCCAGACAAAGUGUAGAUGAAGAUAAAACAUCUCAAGAAGAUAUAAGGACGGUAUCGAUUUCUGUCCCACAACAAUAUACAACCGAAGAAAGCAGUUCACUUCAAGAAUCCAGUGCAGAAGAAAAUCAAAUGACAGAAGUGCAAUGGACACCAUCAACAUCUCUUCCUCAAUUAAGUACUACAACUAAAAGUAUACUUUCCAGACAAAGUGUAGAUGAAGAUAAAACAUAUCAAGAAGAUACAAGGACGGUAUCGAUUUCUGUCCCACAACAAUAUACAACCGAAGAAAGCAGUUCACUUCAAGAAUCCAGUGCAAAAGAAAAUCAAAUGACAGAAAUGCCAUGGACACUAUCAACAUCGCUUCCUCAAUUAAAGACUAAAAGUAUAUUUUCCAGACAAAGUGUAGAUGAAGAUAAAACAUCUCAAGAAGAUACAAGGACGGUAUCGAUUUCUCUCCCACAACAAUCUACAACAGAAGAAAGCAGUUCUCUUCAGGAAUCCAGUGCAGAAGAAAAUCAAAUGACAGAAAUGCCGUGGACACUAUCAACAUCGCUUCCUCAAUCAAGUACUAAAACUAAAGGUAUAUUUUCCAGUCAAAGUGUAGAUGAAGAUAAAACAUCUCAAGAAGAUACAAGGACACUAUCGAUUUUUCUCCCACAACAAUCUUCAACAGAAAAAAGCAGUUCACUUCAGGAAUCCAGUGCAGAAGAAAAUCAAAUGACAGAAGUGACAUGGACAUUAUCAACAUCACUUCCUCAAUUAAAAACUAAAAGUAUAUUUUCCAGUCAAAGUGUAGAAGAAGAUAAAACAUCUCAAGAAAAAACAAGGACACUAUCAAUCUCGUUCCCUCAAUCAUAUGCAACAGAAAAUAGUUUACUUACAGUUUCGAGUGUAGAGGAUCAAACAAUUCAAAAAGAAACAACGGAAAUUUCAAAAUCUUUACCUCAAUCCACAACAGAAGAAAUCACUUCAUUCCAAGAAUCCAGUGCAAAAGAAAAUCAAAUGUCUGAAUUGCCAUGGACAUUAUCAACAUUACUUCAUCAAUUAAGUACUAAAACUAAAAGUAUAUUUUCCAGUCAAAGUGUAGAUGAAGAUAAAACAUCUCAAGAAGAUACAAGGACGGUAUCGAUUUCUGUCCCACAACAAUAUACAACCGAAGAAAGCAGUUCACUUCAAGAAUCCAGUGCAGAAGAAAAUCAAAUGACAGAAAUGCCAUGGACACUAUCAACAUCGCUUCCUCAAUUAAAGACUAAAAGUAUAUUUUCCAGACAAAGUGUAGAUGAAGAUAAAACAUCUCAAGAAGAUACAAGGACGGUAUCGAUUUCUGUCCCACAACAAUAUACAACCGAAGAAAGCAGUUCACUUCAAGAAUCCAGUGCAGAAGAAAAUCAAAUGACAGAAAUGCCAUGGACACUAUCAACAUCGCUUCCUCAAUUAAAGACUAAAAGUAUAUUUUCCAGACAAAGUGUAGGUGAAGAUAAAACAUCUCAAGAAGAUACAAGGACGGUAUCGAUUUCUCUCCCACAACAAUCUACAACAGAAGAAAGCAGUUCACUUCAGGAAUCCAGUGCAGAAGAAAAUCAAAUGACAGAAAUGCCGUGGACACUAUCAACAUCGCUUCCUCAAUCAAGUACUAAAACUAAAGGUAUAUUUUCCAGUCAAAGUGUAGAUGAAGAUAAAACAUCUCAAGAAGAUACAAGGACACUAUCGAUUUUUCUGCUACAACAAUCUUCAACAGAAAAAAGCAGUUCACUUCAGGAAUCCAGUGCAGAAGAAAAUCAAAUGACAGAAGUGACAUGGACAUUAUCAACAUCACUUCCUCAAUUAAAAACUAAAAGUAUAUUUUCCAGUCACAGUGUAGAAGAAGAUAAAACAUCUCAAGAAAAUACAAGGACACUAUCAAUCUCGUUCCCUCAAUCAUAUGCAACAGAAAAUAGUUUACUUACAGUUUCGAGUGUAGAGGAUCAAACAAUUCAAAAAGAAACAACGGAAAUUUCAAAAUCUUUACCUCAAUCCACAACAGAAGAAAUCACUUCAUUUCAAGAAUCCAGUGCAAAAGAAAAUCAAAUGUCUGAAUUGCCAUUAUCAACAUUACUUCAUCAAUUAAGUACUAAAACUAAAAGUAUAUUUUCCAGUCAAAGUGUAGAUGAAGAUAAAACAUCUCAAGAAGAUACAAGGACACUAUCGAUUACACUUCCACAACAAUCUACAACAGAAGAAAUCAGUUCACCUCAAGAAUCCAGUGCAGAAGAAAAUCAAAUGACAGAAAUCCCAUGGACACUAUCAACAUCGCUUCCUCAAUUAAAGACUAAAAGUAUAUUUUCCAGACAAAGUGUAGAUGAAGAUAAAACAUCUCAAGAAGAUACAAGGACGGUAUCGAUUUCUCUCCCACAACAAUCUACAACAGAAGAAAGCAGUUCACUUCAAGAAUCCAGUGCAGAAGAAAAUCAAAUGACAGAAAUUCCAUGGACACUAGCAACAUCGCUUCCUCAAUUAAAGACUAAAAGUAUAUUUUCCAGACAAAGUGUAGAUGAAGAUAAUACAUCUCAAGAAAAUACAAGGACACUAUCAAUCUCGUUCCCUCAUUCAUAUGCAACAGAAAAUAGUUUACUUACAGUUUCGAGUGUAGAGGAUCAAACAAUUCAAAAAGAAACAACGGAAAUUUCAAAAUCUUUACCUCAAUCCACAACAGAAGAAAUCACUUCAUUCCAAGAAUCCAGUGCAAAAGAAAAUCAAAUGUCUGAAUUGCCAUGGACAUUAUCAACAUUACUUCAUCAAUUAAGUACUAAAACUAAAAGUAUAUUUUCCAGUCAAAGUGUAGAUGAAGAUAAAACAUCUCAAGAAGAUACAAGGACGGUAUCGAUUUCUGUCCCGCAACAAUAUACAACCGAAGAAAGCAGUUCACUUCAAGAAUCCAGUGCAGAAGAAAAUCAAAUGACAGAAAUGCCAUGGACACUAUCAACAUCGCUUCCUCAAUUAAAGACUAAAAGUAUAUUUUCCAGACAAAGUGUAGAUGAAGAUAAAACAUCUCAAGAAGAUACAAGGACGGUAUCGAUUUCUCUCCCACAACAAUCUACAACAGAAGAAAGCAGUUCACUUCAAGAAUCCAGUGCAGAAGAAAAUCAAAUGACAGAAAUGCCGUGGACACUAUCAACAUCGCUUCCUCAAUCAAGUACUAAAACUAAAAGUAUAUUUUCCAGUCAAAGUGUAGAUGAAGAUAAAACAUCUCAAGAAGAUACAAGGACACUAUCGAUUUUUCUCCCACAACAAUCUACAACAGAAGAAAGCAGUUCACUUCAGGAAUCCAGUGCAGAAGAAAAUCAAAUGACAGAAAUGCCAUGGACACUAUCAACAUCGCUUCCUCAAUUAAAGACUAAAAGUAUAUUUUCCAGACAAAGUGUAGAUGAAGAUAAAACAUCUCAAGAAGAUACAAUGACACUAUCGAUUACACUCCCACAACAAUCUACAACAGAAGAAAUCCGUUCACCUCAAGAAUCCAGUGCAGAAGAAAAUCAAAUGACAGAAGUGACAUGGACACUAUCAACAUCGCUUCCUCAAUUAAAGACUGAAAGUAUAUUUUCCAGUCAAAGUGUAGAUGAAAAUGAAAUAUCUCAAAAAGAUACAAGGACAAUAUCGAUUUCUUUACCCCAACUAGGUUCAACAGCAAAUAUUUUACUUACAGUUUCGAGUGCAGAGGAUCAAACAGUGCAAGAGGAAACCACGGAAAUUUCAAAGUCUUUACCUCAAUCUACAACAAAAGAAAGCAGUUCACUUCAAGAAUCCAGUGCAGAAGAAAAUCAAAAUAAUGAAUUACAAUGGGCAUUAUCUACAUCACUUCCUAAAUUAAGUACUAAAGCUGAAAGUAUAUUUUCCAGUCAAAGUGUAGAAGAAGAUAAAACAUCUCAAGAAGAUACAUGGACACCAUCGAUUUCUCUCCCACAACAAUCUACAACAAAGGAAAGCAUUUUAUUCCAAGAAUCCAGUGCAAAAGAAAAUCAAAUGACUGAAUUACAAUGGGCAUUAUCAACAUCACUUCCUGCAUUAAGUACUAAGACUAAAAGUAUAAUUUCCAGUCAAAGUGGAGAAGAAGAUAAAACAUCUCAAGAAGAUACAAGGACACUAUCGAUUUCUCUCCCACAACAAUCUACAACAGAAAAAAGCAGUUCACUUCAACAAUCCAGUGCAGAAAAAAAUCAAAUGACAGAAGUGCCAUGGACACUAUUAACAUCUCUUCCUCAAUCAAGUACUAAAACAAAAAGAAUAUUUUCCAGUCAAAGUGUAGAUGAAGAUAAAGCAUCUCAGGAAUAUACAAUCUCGUUCCCUCAAUCAUAUGCAAUAGAAAAUAGUUUACUAACAGUUUCGAGUGCAAUAGAUCAAACAAUGCAAAAGGAAAUCACGGAAAUUUCAAAAUCUUUACCUCAAUUUACAACAGAUGAAAGCAUUUCAUUCCAAGAAUCCAGUGAAAAAGAAAAUCAAAUGUCUGAAUUGCCAUGGACAUUAUCAACAUCACACCAUCAACUAAGUACGAAGACUAAAAGUACAUUUUCCAGUCAAAGUGUAGAAGAAGAUAAAACAUCUCAAGAAGAUACAAGGACACUAUCAAUCUCGUUCCCUCAAUCAUAUGCAACAGAAAAUAGUUUACUUACAGUUUCGAGUGCAGAGGAUCAAACAAUGCAAAAAGAAACAACGGAAAUUUCAAAAUCUUUACCUCAAUCCACAACAGAAGAAAUCACUUCAUUUCAAGAAUCCAGUGCAAAAGAAAAUCAAAUGUCUGAAUUGCCAUUAUCAACAUUACUUCAUCAAUUAAGUACUACAACUAAAAGUAUAUUUUCCAGUCAAAGUGUAUAUUUAGAUAAAACAUCUCAAGAAGAUACAAGGACACCAUCGAUUGCGUUCCCUCAAUCAUAUGCAACAGAAAAUAGUUUACUUACAGUGUCGAGUGCAGAGGAUCAAACAAUUCAAAAGGAAACCACGGAAAUUUCAAAAUCUUUACCUCAAUCCACAACAAAAGAAAUCACUUCAUUCCAAGAAUCCAGUGCAAAAGAAAAUCAAAUGUCUGAAUUGCCAUGGACAUUAUCAACAUUACUUUAUCAAUUAAGUACUAAAACUAAAAGUAUAUUUUCCAGUCAAAGUGUAGAAGAAGAUAAAUCAUCUGAAGAAGAUACAAGGACACUAUCGAUUACACUCCCACAACAAUCUACAACAGAAGAAAGCAGUUCACUUCAAGAAUCCAGUGCAGUAGAAAAUCAAAUGACAGAAGUGCCAUGGGCACUAUCAACAUCGCUUCCUCAAUUAAAGACUAAAAGUAUAUUUUCCACUCAAAGUGUCGAAGAAGAUAAAUCAUCUCAAGAAGAUACAAGGACACUAUCGAUUACACUCCCACAACAAUCUACAACAGAAGAAAGCAGUUCACUUCAAGAAUACAGUGCAGAAGAAAAUCAAAUGACAGAAGUGCAAUGGACACCAUCAAUAUCUUAUCCUCAAUUAAGUACUACAACUAAAAGUAUAUUUUCCAGACAAAGUGUAGAUGAAGAUAAAACAUCUCAAGAAGAUACAAGGACGGUAUCGAUUUCUGUCCCACAACAAUAUACAACCGAAGAAAGGAGUUCACUUCAAGAAUCCAGUGCAGAAGAAAAUCAAAUGACAGAAAUGCCAUGGACACUAUCAACAUCGCUUCCUCAAUUAAAGACUAAAAGUAUAUUUUCCAGACAAAGUGUAGAUGAAGAUAAAACAUCUCAAGAAGAUACAUGGACACUAUCAAUCUCGUUCCCUCAAUCAUAUGCAACAGACAAUAGUUUACUCACAGUUUCGAGUGCAGAGGAUCAAACAGUGCAAAAGGAAACCACGGAAAUUUCAAAGUCUUUACCUCAAUCUACAACAAAAGAAAGCAGUUCACUUCAAGAAUACAGUGCAGAAGAAAAUCAAAAUACUGAAUUACAAUGGGCAUUAUCUACAUCACUUCCUAAAUUAAGUACUAAAGCUGAAAGUAUAUUUUCCAGUCAAAGUGUAGAAGAAGAUAAAACAUCUCAAGAAGAUACAUGGACACCAUCGAUUUCUCUCCCACAACAAUCUACAACAAAGGAAAGCAUUUCAUUCCAAGAAUCCAGUGCAGAAGAAAAUCAAAUGACAGAAGUGCAAUGGACACCAUCAAUAUCUUAUCCUCAAUUAAGUACUACAACUAAAAGUAUAUUUUCCAGACAAAGUGUAGAUGAAGAUAAAACAUCUCAAAAAGAUACAAGGACACUAUCGAUUUCUCUCCCACAACAAUCUACAACAGAAGAAAGCAGUUCACUUCAAGAAUCCAGUGCAGAAGAAAAUCAAAUGACAGAAAUGCCAUGGACACUAUCAACAUCACUUCCUCAAUUAAAGACUAAAAGUAUAUUUUCCACUCAAAGUGUAGAAGAAGAUAAAUCAUCUCAAGAAGAUACAAGGACACUAUCGAUUACACUCCCACAACAAUCUACAACAGAAGAAAGCAGUUCACUUCAAGAAUACAGUGCAGAAGAAAAUCAAAUGACAGAAGUGCAAUGGACACCAUCAACAUCUUUUCCUCAAUUAAGUACUACAACUAAAAGUAUAUUUUCCAGACAAAGUGUAGAUGAAAAUGAAAUAUCUCAAAAAGAUACAAGGACAAUAUCGAUUUCUUUACCCCAACUAGGUUCAACAGCAAAUAGUUUACUUACAGUUUCGAGUGCAGAGGAUCAAACAGUGCAAGAGGAAACCACGGAAAUUUCAAAGUCUUUACCUCAAUCUACAACAAAAGAAAGCAGUUCACUUCAAGAAUCCAGUGCAGAAGAAAAUCAAAAUACUGAAUUACAAUGGGCAUUAUCUACAUCACUUCCUAAAUUAAGUACUAAAGCUGAAAGUAUAUUUUCCAGUCAAAGUGUAGAAGAAGAUAAAACAUCUAAAGAAGAUACAAGGACACUAUCGAUUUCUCUCCCACAACAAUCUACAACAGAAAAAAGCAGUUCACUUCAACAAUCCAGUGCAGAAAAAAAUCAAAUGACAGAAGUGCCAUGGACACUAUUAACAUCUCUUCCUCAAUCAAGUACUAAAACAAAAAGAAUAUUUUCCAGUCAAAGUGUAGAUGAAGAUAAAGCAUCUCAGGAAUAUACAAUCUCGUUCCCUCAAUCAUAUGCAAUAGAAAAUAGUUUACUAACAGUUUCGAGUGCAAUAGAUCAAACAAUGCAAAAGGAAAUCACGGAAAUUUCAAAAUCUUUACCUCAAUUUACAACAGAUGAAAGCAUUUCAUUCCAAGAAUCCAGUGAAAAAGAAAAUCAAAUGUCUGAAUUGCCAUGGACAUUAUCAACAUCACACCAUCAACUAAGUACGAAGACUAAAAGUACAUUUUCCAGUCAAAGUGUAGAAGAAGAUAAAACAUCUCAAGAAGAUACAAGGACACUAUCAAUCUCGUUCCCUCAAUCAUAUGCAACAGAAAAUAGUUUACUUACAGUUUCGAGUGCAGAGGAUCAAACAAUUCAAAAGGAAACCACGGAAAUUUCAAAAUCUUUACCUCAAUCCACAACAGAAGAAAGCAUUUCAUUCCAAGAAUCCAGUGCAGAAGAAAAUCAAAUGUCAGAAGUGCCAGGGACAUUAUCAACAUCACUUCCUCAAUUAAAAACUAAAAGUAUAUUUUCCAGUCAAAGUGUAGAAGAAGAUAAAACAUCUCAAGAAGAUACAAGGACACUAUCGAUUUUUCUCCCACAACAAUCUACAACAGAAGAAAGCAGUUCACUUCAGGAAUCCAGUGCAGAAGAAAAUCAAAUGACAGAAAUGCCAUGGACACUAUCAACAUCGCUUCCUCAAUUAAAGACUAAAAGUAUAUUUUCCAGACAAAGUGUAGAUGAAGAUAAAACAUCUCAAGAAGAUACAAUGACACUAUCGAUUACACUCCCACAACAAUCUACAACAGAAGAAAUCCGUUCACCUCAAGAAUCCAGUGCAGAAGAAAAUCAAAUGACAGAAGUGACAUGGACACUAUCAACAUCACUUCCUCAAUCAAGUACUAAAACUAAAAGAAUAUUCUCCAGUCAAAGUGUAGAUGAAGAUAAAACAUCUCAAGCAAAUACAAUGACACUAUCGAUUUCGUUUCCUCAAUCAGGUGCUACAGAAAAUAGUUUACUUACAGUUUCGAGUGCAGAGGAUCAAACAAUGCAAAAGGAAACCACGGAAAUUUCAAAAUCUUUACCUCAAUCCACAACAGAUGAAAGCAUUUCAUUCCAAGAAUCCAGUGCAAAAGAAAAUCAAAAGACUGAAUUACAAUGGGCAUUAUCUACAUCACUUCCUAAAUUAAGUACUAAAGCUGAAAGUAUAUUUUUCAGACAAAGUGUAGAUGAAGAUAAAACAUCUCAAGAAGAUACAUGGACACUAUCAAUCUCGUUCCCUCAAUCAUAUGCAACAGAAAAUAGUUUACUUACAGUUUCGAGUGCAGAGGAUCAAACAAUGCAAAAGGAAACUACGGUAAUUUCAAAAUCUUUACCUCAAUCCACAAAAGAAGAAAGCAUUUCAUUCCAAGAAUCCAGUGCAAAAGAAAAUCAAAUGUCUGAAUUGUCAUGGACAUUAUCAACAUUACUUCAUCAAUUAAGUACUACAACUAAAAGUAUAUUUUCCAGACAAAGUGUAGAUGAAGAUAAAACAUCUCAAGAAGAUGCAAGGACACUAUCGAUUUUUCCCCCACAACAAUCUACAACAGAAGAAAGCAGUUCACUUCAAGAAUCCAGUGCAGAAGAAAAUCAAAUGACAGAAGUGCCAUGGGCGCUAUCAACAUCGCUUCCUCAAUUAAAGACUACAAGUAUAUUUUCCACUCAAAGUGUCGAAGAAGAUAAAUCAUCUCAAGAAGAUACAAGGACACUAUCGAUUACACUCCCACAACAAUCUACAACAGAAGAAAGCAGUUCACUUCAAGAAUACAGUGCAGAAGAAAAUCAAAUGACAGAAGUUAUAUUUUCCAGACAAAGUGUAGAUGAAGAUAAAACAUCUCAAGAAGAUACAAGGACGGUAUCGAUUUCUGUCCCACAACAAUAUACAACCGAAGAAAGGAGUUCACUUCAAGAAUCCAGUGCAGAAGAAAAUCAAAUGACAGAAAUGCCAUGGACACUAUCAACAUCGCUUCCUCAAUUAAAGACUAAAAGUAUAUUUUCCAGACAAAGUGUAGAUGAAGAUAAAACAUCUCAAGAAGAUACAAGGACGGUAUCGAUUUCUCUUCCACAACAAUCUACAACAGAACAAAGCAUUUCACUUCAAGAAUCCAGUGCAGUAGAAAAUCAAAUGACAGAAGUGCCAUGGGCACUAUCAACAUCACUUCCUCAAUCAAAAACUAAAAGUAUAUUUUCCAGUCAAAGUGUAGAAGAAGAUAAAACAUCUCAAAAAGAUACAAGGACACUAUCGAUUUUUCUCCCACAACAAUCUACAACAGAAGAAAGCAGUUCACUUCAAGAAUCCAGUGCAGAAGAAAAUCAAAUGACAGAAGUGCCAGGGACAUUAUCAACAUCACUUCCUCAAUUAAAAACUAAAAGUAUAUUUUCCAGUCAAAGUGUAGAAGAAGAUAAAACAUCUCAAGAAGAUAUAUGGACACAAUCGAUUUCUCUUCCACAACAAUCUACAACAGAAAAAAGCAUUUCACUUCAAGAAUCCAGUGCAGAAGAAAAUCAAAUGACAGAAGUGACAUGGACACUAUCAACAUCACUUCCUCAAUCAAGUACUAAAACUAAAAGUAUAUUUUCCAGUCAAAGUGUAGAUGAAGAUAAAACAUCUCAAGAAGAUACAAGGACACUAUCAAUCUCGUUCCCUCAAUCAUAUGCAACAGAAAAUAGUUUACUUACAGUUUCGAGUGCAGAGGAUCAAACAAUGCAAAAGGAAUCCACGGAAAUUUCAAAAUCUUUACCUCAAUCCACAACAGAAGAAACCAUUUCCUUCCAAGAAUCCAGUGCAAAAGAAAAUCAAAAGACUGAAUUACAAUGGGCAUUAUCGACAUCACUUCCUAAAUUAAGUACUAAAGCUGAAAGUUUAUUUUCCAGACAAAGUGUAGAUGAAGAUAAAACUUCUCAAGAAGAUACAUGGACACCAUCGAUUUCUCUUCCACAACAAUCUACAACAGAAAAAAGCAUUUCACUUCAAGAAUCCAGUGCAGAAGAAAAUCAAAUGACAGAAGUGCCAGGGACAUUAUCAACAUCACUUCCUCAAUUAAAAACUAAAAGUAUAUUUUCCAGUCAAAGUGUAGAAGAAGAUAAAACAUCUCAAGAAGAUACAUGGACACAAUCGAUUUCUCUUCCACAACUAUCUACAACAGAAAAAAGCAUUUCACUUCAAGAAUCCAGUGCAGAAGAAAAUCAAAUGACAGAAGUGCCAUGGGCACUAUCAACAUCACAUCUUCAAUUAAAAACUAAAAGUAUAUUUUCCAGUCAAAGUGUAGAUGAAGAUAAAACAUCUCAAGAAGAUGCAAGGACACUAUCGAUUUCUCUCCCACAACAAUCUACAACAGAAAAAAGCAGUUCACUUCAACAAUCCAGUGGAGAAGAAAAUCAAAUGACAGAAGUGCCAUGGGCACUAUCAACUACACUUCCUCAAUUAAAAACUAAAAGUAUACUUUCCAGUCAAAGUGUAGAAGAAGAUAAAGCAUCUCAAGAAUAUCUAAGGACACUAUCAAUCUCGUUCCCUCAAUCAUAUGCAACAGAAAAUAGUUUACUUACAGUUUCGAGUGCAGAGGAUCAAAAAAUGCGAAAGGAAUCCACGGAAAUUUCAAAAUCUUUACCUCAAUCCACAACAGAAGAAAGCAUUUCCCUCAAAGAAUCCAGUGCAAAAGAAAAUCAAAUGACUGAAUUGCCAUGGACAUUAUCAACAUCACUUCCUCAAUUAAAAACUAAAAGUACAUUUUCCAGUCAAAGUGUAGAUGAAGAUAAAACAUCUCAAGAAGAUACAACGACACUAUCGAUUUCGUUCCCUCAAUCAGGUUCAACCGAAAAUAGUUUAGUUACAGUUUCGAGUGCAGAGGAUCAAACAAUGCAAAAGGAAACUAUGGAAAUUUCCAAAUCUUUACCCCAAUCCACAACAGAAGAAAGCAUUUCAUUCCAAGAAUCCAGUGCAAAAGAAAAUCAAAUGACUGAAUUGCCAUGGACAUUAUCAACAUCACUUCCUAAAUUAAGUACUAAAACUAAAAGUAUAUUUUCCAGUCGAAGUGUAGAUGAAGAUAAAACAUCUCAAGAAGAUACCAGGACACUAUCAAUCUUGUUCCCUCAAUCAUAUGCAACAGAAAAUAGUUUACUCACAGUUUCGAGUGCAGAGGAUCAAACAAUGCAAAAGGAAACUACGGAAAUUUCAAAAUCUUUACCUCAAUCCACAACAGAAGAAACCAUUUCAUUCCAAGAAUCCAGUGCAAAAGCAAAUCAAAUGACUGAAUUGCCAUGGACAUUAUCAACAUCACAUCAUCAAUUAAGUACUAAAACUAAAAGUAUAUUUUCCAGUCAAAGUGUAGAUGAAGAUAAAACAUCUCAAGAAGAUGCAAGGACACUAUCGAUUUUUCUCCCACAACAAUCUACAACAGAAGAAAGCAGUUCACUUCAAGAAUCCAGUGCAGAAGAAAAUCAAAUGACAGAAGUGCCAUGGAUAUUAUCAACAUCACUUCCUCAAUCAAAAACUAAAAGUAUAUUUUCCAGUCAAAGUGUAGAUGAAGAUAAAACAUCUCAAGAAGAUACAACGACACUAUCGAUUUCGUUCCCUCAAUCAGGGUCAACAGAAAAUAGUUUAGUUACAGUUUCGAGUGCAGAGAAUCAAACAAUGCAAAAGGAAACUAUAGAAAUUUCCAAAUCUUUACCCCAAUCCACAACAGAAGAAAGCAUUUCAUACCAAGAAUCCAGUGCAAAAGAAAAUCAAAUAACUGAAUUGCCAUGGACAUUAUCAACAUCACUUCCUAAAUUAAGUACUAAAACUAAAAGUAUAUUUUCCAGACAAAGUGUAGAUGAAGAUAAAACAUCUCAAGAAGAUACAAGGACACUAUCGAUUGCUCACCCGCACAUUUCGAUUUCUAAUGCACAAGAAGAUCAAAUAAUUGUAAAGGGGACAAGUGAGUUCUCGAAAUCUCUACCUCAAUCGACAUCUAUCAGUUUAUUUCAAAGUUCGAGUGCAGAAGAUGAAAUAAUACCUCAACCAACAUACUCAGUGGAAUGGUUCCUCUACGAAGUCGCUUGGGCAUGA